AUGGUCUGUCGGAAGAAUAGCAAGCAAGCAUCAGGUGAACUAACUCUUUGGAGGCUGGGGAAACGGGAGAGGACGAGUCCCACCCGUGAUUGGCGGAGAAAUGGCCUCCGCCCCCCCGGUAGGCGGAGUUGGGAUUCCGGGGAAAUUCCUCGAUUCUUUUCUCCAUCGCCAAUGAUCCAUGCCAUCUUGACUGCUAGUCUCCAGCUCCAAUUCUCCAAGUCUCUGCUCUCUACCCGCUCUCUCCCUCAUCACGAUCUGCUCCCUUUAUCGGCUGAAUCCCUUCUCAUCUCUUCCCGAGCAGAUGUCGUUCCUUCUCUCCAGAUCUUCUCUACAUUGUCUCCUGCUUCCCCCCCUCUUCCUCACUGUCUUGAAACUCUGUUGAUCGGCGUGAAGCCCCUAAACCAAUCUGCUUGCAUUUGA